AUGUAUCUGCUUUAUCCUUUCCUUGUUUUGCUCUCUCUUAGCAAGGCUUUCAACUCUGACUGCCCUAGAAGAUGCAGCUGCGAUUCAGCACAGUGGGUGCAAUGCUACAGGCUAACAGAGCUGCCAUCAGGGAUUCCUGCCACCACCAAGAGUCUCUACAUCAGUCACAGCAAAAUUCAACACCUCCAGCUCUCUAACUUCACCGGAAUAUUGGCUCUAGAAGAUUUUAUUCUGCUGGCCAGUGGAACAGAGUCUGUAGAAAAUGACACCUUCAAAACUCUGAGUACCUUGAAGACCUUGGAACUCUGGAAAAAUAAGUUAAGACAAGUCCCCAGUACUCUCCCUGCUAGUCUUGAAGUAUUAAAACUAAAUGAUAAUUCUAUAUACGUCCUACGUGAAUCUGAUUUUGAAGGACUGAAGGAAUUAAAAAUUCUUGAACUUAAAAAUAACCUAAUCUCUUCCCUUGCUCCCAGCACACUCUCCUCCCUUGUCAGUUUGCAAAGUUUGAUAUUGGAUGACAAUAACAUUGAGUCUAUAGCAGGACCACUGACACUUCCCCAUCUGACACGAAUGAGCAUGGAGAAUAAUAAACUACAUCUAAUACCAGCUAGCUUCUUUGCUUCUCUUCAGUCUUUGCAAUUUCUCAGUUUCAGUGGUAACUUUCUGACUAAAAUCCCCAAUAAUCUGCCCAAGUCCUUGCUCUCUUUAAAGAUGGAGAGAAACCAGCUCAAAGUGGUAAGAUUUCGAGACAUGAAACACUUGGAGAAUCUUUCCCAUCUUUAUCUGUCAAAAAAUGCACUUUCUUCCAUUGAUGGGGCACAACUCCUUGCCAAUUUAACUACUCUUGAGUUAUCCCAAAACCAGCUUCAAAUGUUGCCCCUCAGACUGCCAACAAGGCUACAAAAACUUGAUAUCAGUAAUAAUCUGAUUCAGAGAGUUACAGCGCAAGACUUCCAGGACCUCCGAGACCUAAAACACUUGUUUCUGGACAACAACAUCGUCAGCGUGUUUGAAGCGGGAGCCCUGCAGAGGUGUUCUCAGCUCUCCAACCUGGCCCUGGAGCAGAACCUGCUGCUGUCCAUUCCUCUGAGGCUUCCAGGAACCUUAGCCAGGCUGGACCUCAAAGGCAAUGCCAUUCAAGAUAUAGCUGAGAGGGAGCUCAAGGAUCUAAAGCAGCUUCAAGUUCUAAACCUUAGGAACAACAAGAUCUCUGCCUUAGACCUCAAAGCCUUGGAGGGGCUGCCUCGCCUCAGGCACCUGUAUCUGGAUGGAAACCCAUGGAAUUGCACAUGCAGUCUUCUACAAGCAAGGGAGGUCUUGAAGGCCAAAGGCACAGAUGUGAGGGGAGGACAAUGUGCAGCGCCAGCUGAGCAACAGGGAGAGAACUGGAUGUCUUCCAAGAAGAUCAUGAGGCAUUGUGAGCAUCACUUACUUCUGACCGAGAAAAGCAAAGAGAUCAAAAAGAAAUCAAAGCCAGAGGAGUCCUCCAGCAUCAGAGUUAACAUGGAUGAUGAUUACUAUGAUUAUGAAAUAGACUAA